AUGGAGGCGCUGCUGGGCGGCGCCGUCCGCAAGGCCGCCGGCGGCGCCGGCGGGACGCGCGUGCUGCACCGCUGGACGUCCGAGGAGCACGCGCGGCUCGAGGCCCUUGUUCGGCAGUACGGCACCGAGCGCAACUGGGCGCUCAUCGCGGAGGGCAUCCGCGGGCGCAGCGGCAAGCAGUGCCGCGAGCGGUGGCUCAACCACAUGCGGGAGGGUAUCAUCAAGGGUAACUGGCUGCCUGAUGAGGAGUUCCACCUGGCGCUCUGCCACGCCCUGGUUGGCAACCAGUGGUCGCAGCACUGCACCCGCCUCCGCGGCCGCACCGAGAACUCCAUCAAGAACUACUGGAACGCGACGCUGCGGUCCAAGCAGGGCAGCAAGCGGCGCGGGUUCCUGUGGUGCUACAUCGACAAGAUCAGGGGCGCACUGGACAACGAGGGGCUCAGGCACCGCGCCUUUGGGGACACGGUGCACGGGGUGCACCUGCACAAUACGGGCUGGCUGCCCGCCUGGCUGCGCGCCCGCAUCGCCAGCGGCGACCUGGCGGUGCCGCAGCCCGGCGACGCCCUUGGCGCUCGCGGCUGGAAGCGCCUGAUUGACAAGGAGCUCGCGUUCCUCCGUGACAAGGACGGCGCCGCCUCUGCGACCACCGACAUCCCCUUUCCAAACCCGUCCUCGCGCUCGGGCGCGGGGGGCGGCGCCGCGGGGGGCGGCGGGGCGGCGCUGCUGGCGCGGCCGCGGGAUCGGGAGCGCGAGCGGGCGUCGGGGCGGCGGGAGCAGCAGCUUCAGGAGCAGCAGCUGCGGCAGCGGCAGCAAAAGCAGCAGCAGCGGCGGCAGCAGCAAGGAGGGCAGCAGCAAGAAGAGCAGCAGCAGCAGCAGCAGCAGCAGCAGCAGCAGCAGCAGCAGGAGCAGGAGCAGCAGCAACAGCCGCAGCAGCACUGGGUGCUGGAGCCAGAGCAAAUCCUGCAGCUGCAUCGUCACCAGCAGCAACAGCAACAGCAGCAGCAGCAGCAGCAGCAGCAGCAGCAGCAGCAGCAGCAGCAGCAGCAGCACCUGCAGCACCUGCAGUUUUACCAAAUCACCACAGGCGCCUCCGGGGCUCAUGGUUACCCAGACUCGCACGCUGCCGCCCCUGCCGCCGGCCUGCAUCUCAUGUGCAGCGCAGAGCUUGCGGACGUGAUGCUGAUGGGGGACAUGGAUGACGAUGCGUAUGGCUGCGAGGACGGGGAUGACGAAGACGAUGACGGUGAUGACGCUGAUGAUGAGGCGGGUUGCGGCGAUGUGAAGGUCAGGCCCGAGCUGCUCCUGCAGCAGCAACUGGGCACGCUCCGGCCCCACUACGCCAGCCAGCCGUGCGGGGCCGCCAUCACCGAGGGGAGGCCCGCCCUGGACGCCGCGGAGGCCGCCACGGCCUCGGUCCCCGGACUGCCGCGCCUCGUCGUGACCGCGCAGCAGCCCGGUUGGUGGGGCUCGGCGGGCGGCGGCGCGUUCGCGGCGGCCGUUGCGGCGGCGGCGGCCGCGGCGCCCGCAUCCAGCGCCGACGGCGAGCGCACGCCGGCGCUGUCGCGGGACCCGAGCUUCUGCGGUUCUGUGGGGUCGGCGGGCGGCGCCGCCCCCAUCAUGGCGCGCCUCCGCCUCGCCAGCGCCAGCCCUGCGCCCCACUCGCCGCUCGCGCAGCCCCAGCCGGGUGCUAACCCGUUUGCGCCUUCCGCCGCUGUUGCCGGCGGCAGCGGCCAGGCGCACGCGGGCUUGGUCCUACCAGCGGUUGGCCUGCCGAGGGUGUACCAGCCAUCUUUGCUGUCGUCAGCCGCCUCUUAUGGCAGUGAAUACUCGGCGGCGAGCGCGAUCCACGGCGGCGGCCGGCACGCGCAGGGCCAGGGGCCCCCGCCGCCAGGGGCUCUGUCAGGCAGCCCCACAAUCAGCACCGAGGUGCCUGGCGGGGCGAUGCUCUUUGCCGGCGUGCAGCAGCAGCAGCAACAGCACCACCUUCUGUUCCAGCAGCAGCAGCAGCAGCAGCAGCAGCAGCAGCAGCAGCAGCAGCAGGAUGGCAGCCGCGGCAGUACGCCGGACUGCCGCGCUGCCACCGUGUGCUCCUCGCCUUUUGGCUCGCCCCACGCGCAGAGCAGGGGCGCGUUUGAUUCCGCCUGGACGCCCGCGAGCAGCAGCGCUGCAGCAACCAGACUGGCAGACCCAACGCUGCCCAUGUCACAAGCUGCACAGCCCGUGCUCAGCCGGUUUGCAGCUGGGCGUGGUGGUUAUGCGUGCCAGCAAGCCCCAGGAGCAGCCGAGGUCUUUGAUCCUUAUGCCCCUGCACCGGCGCCCCAUCUGCUGCCGCAGCAGCACCAAUACCUCUACCACCAUUCGCAGCACUAUCAGGCGCCGCCCUCACUGAUGCAGCAGCAGCAGCAGCAGCAGCAGCACCAGCAGCCGCUGCAGCAGCCGCUGCAGCAGCAGCAGCAGCAGCAGCUGCUGCAACCAUCGCAGCAGCUGCAGCAACCAUCGCAGCAGCAGCAACCAUUGCAGCCGCAGCAGCAGCAGCAGCAGCAGCAGCAGCAGCAGCAGCAGCAGCAGCAGCAGCAGCAGCAGCAGCAGCAGCAGCAACAGCACGCUUUGCCGUCCCUCACCCGAACCGAGCCAAGCGCAGACGCGAUGCUCCCUCCGCCGCGCGUCGUGUUGAUGCAAUACGCUGCUACCGGUGGUGAGGGCCGGCAGGGCGCUCAGCGAGGUGUUCCAGAGGGCGCUGCUGCACUGCUGCCCAACCCCACACGCGCGUCCUGCUGCGGCAGCAUCGGCAGCGGCGACGCCGGCGUCCCGGGAAGCGCGGGUGUCAGGAGCAGCGGCGGCGGCGGGGUCGUCGGCGGCGGCUCGCUCAGCGCGAGCCUCGGCCUGCUGAGCAGCGGCAGCCUGCCGAGCAUGCUGCGCGGCGACAGCGUGCUCCUGCUGGACGGCGCCCCCGGCCGCACAUCCCCCUCACUGUCCGGCCCCCGCGGCCCGUCGCCGGGGACUGGCGCCGUGGGGCGGACGGCUGCGGUCGGGGGCGCGCCUGCCUUGGGCGUCCACGGCGGGCACGUCAUGAUGGGCAGCGCGGCGUCUGCAGACCUGACGGACGCUAUCUGCAGGCUGGUGGGCGGCGACAGCAUGCGCGAGGGUAUGAUGAUGGAUGCGGUGCUUGAGGAUGUCCUGGCGUCGCCCUGA